CCAUUUCCGCCACAGCUCCCAUUAUCAGGGCCUCAAGGAGCCCCAAUUCCACCCCUACUCUGGCCUCCGCUCCCUCCACUACCAUCCAUAGGGCACCCUUCAGGGCCCUUCCCUAGCCUACCGAACCUCCACCCUCUCUCUACCCUACCGCAUCCCAGUGCCCAGUACAGAUAUGUGGAUACGUAUGACAACAUGCUGUCCUCGAUCCGAACAUACCUCGCACAGAACACGGGGCCCCUCCUCCUCGAGCUCUCUCCCGACGAUGUCACACCGUCACAAAUCCCCAUUCACAAGGCCUUCACCACCAUAUGUAGCUACAACUGGAAAAUCGCCCCCCUCGCCUUCCCAACUAUAUUCGUCCCCGGUGCGCCGCGCAAAUACGUCCCUCUGCCCCUCCCACAGCACUUCCCCUUGGACCAGGGAACAUACUACAUGAAUGAGAAUGCAUACCGCGCCCCUCGACACCGGUAUGAGCCGAUGUUCCAGGCCAUGGCUAUCAUGCAGCCGGACAUGAGAAUGAAUGCGAUUGACGUCGUCGUCGACAGAGGCUGUCUAAAGCCGCUGAUGGAAGUGGCCGGGAAGAAGAAUAGGAGAAAGCCGUUCUGCAUCGCCGCGCAACGGAUUCGGAAUACCUUGUUUCUGCGCGUAGCUGGCGGGGGGAAGGACCUUGCGCAUGGGAAUGGGAGCAGGGGACAUUCGUUUGAGAAGGCGUUUACCAUGGCCUUCAUGGGCAUGGGAAGCGACGCAUUGAGUCACUAUAGGGUGCACGAGUAUGACUUUGGCGGACUGAGAAUGCUGGUCCGAUGCGAGGUCGACGCAUUUUAUGAGCAUCCGGAUUAUGAGUGCGCUCCUGAGACGGCGCCGUCUCCAGACCAGUACAUGGGGCUAGAGGACGUUGGACUCAAAGGUCAUGCGGAUGCGACGAGAGUCACGAUUCGCGGGAAAGACGUUGCGCCGCAUAAGAUGGCGGAGAUCAAGUCUCGCGUCAAGGGCGGCGACACUGUACCGCGCGAUGUGAUUUCGCAGAUGUGGCUAGGGAGGACUCCCUGGCUUAUAAGGGGAAAGCACAAGGACGGCAAAGUGUCCGAGGUCACGGUCACGAAUGAAGGGGGAUAUACAUUUGAUCGGUAUGAGUUGGGUCAGCAGGAUGUGUUGAGGAGGACAGCUGGGCUGUUGACGCUGCUGAGGGAGGUUGUCGGUGCGGCUCCUGGUCAGAAGGCGAUGCUUGUGUGGCCGGUUGCGAAGGCGGAGUGUUUGGAGGUCAGAGAGAUGAUAUCCGAGCCUGACAUGAUUCCAGGGGAGUUUGUGGAGCGGUUUUGGCUACAUAGCUAUGCGGACGAUUAGACAUG